UCACUUCCGGGUGUGCGUGGUAACGAGCCGGUAGUGACGCGCGCCUGCGUGGGGGGGGGGGGCGAGGAUGGCGGCGGUGAAGGUGAAGCAGGACAUGCCCCCCCCGGGGGGCUACGGGCCCAUCGACUACAAGCGGCACCUGCCCCGCCGGGGGCUCUCGGGUUAUAGCUUGUUUGCCAUUGGCAUUGGCAGCCUGCUCCUGGGUUACUACAACCUGGUCAAGUGGAACAGAGAGAGGAGGCGCCUGCAGAUUGAGGAUCUGGAAACCCGUAUCGCUUUGUUUCCCCUUCUGCAAGCAGAGUCCGAUCGAAGGACCCUGCGGCUCUUACGGGAGAAUCUCGAGGAGGAGGCCAAAAUCAUGAAAGAUGUUCCUGGGUGGAAGGUGGGGGAGUCUGUAUUCCACACUGACCGCUGGGUUCCUCCGACACCAGAUGAGCUGUAUUACCUCAGGCCUCUGAGUGAGCUGCACAACCAGAAGUUUGGCUUGCAGUGGUAUGUCUGAAGCUUGGCCAGUACUCUCCCCAGACUGCUGGUUCCUCCAAUUAUUGCACCGGUAGCAUUAUCUAUGUUAGAUGCAAUGCUCAAAGGCCAUGUGUUCCAAGUGUGUGACAUUAAACAGUCUGGUGGAAA